GAGCCUGCAGCUCGCAGUGAAGCACUUUUGGCUCCGCGCUUCUCAAAGGGGAGGAAUCGCCACAAUUUACUACUCACCCAGAAACUCUUUUCCGCCACUUUAAGCAACUUUCCGCAACUUUUUCCACCUCCACCCAAAAACCAGCCGUGGCACAAAGUAGCGCACGUCGCAGUGCAGCCUGCUCCUUCCUCCAUGAAAGAAGGAGUGCACCAGCAAGUUUGGGGAAGCGACAUGUCCGCCGCCGUCUUGUCCGCCUUCUACGACAUGGACAUGCUGUACAAGCAGGAUAAAAGCACGAACAUGAACGCCCUGCACAUCAACAGCAUGCUGGACAAGAAGGCGGUGGGAGCCCCGGUCGCCGCUCCGGGCUCCGGCGGCGCUUUCACGCCGGGAUUUUUCCGCCGAAACUCCACCAGCAACUUGGAGGCGCUGAACAAAUACAACAUGAGCUCCUCCUACGGCGUGAAAGAGAACACUUCCAGCGGGACCACGUCGCUCAUGAACAAGGAGAACAAGUUCCGUGACCGCGCCUACAGCGACAACGGGGAGCGGGCCGCGCUGCAGCAGAAGGCGGGCUCGCAGAUCAACUCCACCCGCUACAAGACGGAGCUGUGUCGGCCCUUCGAGGAGAACGGCUCUUGCAAAUACGGCGAGAAAUGUCAGUUCGCGCACGGCUACCACGAGCUGAGGAGCUUGUCCCGUCACCCCAAGUACAAAACGGAGCCGUGCCGCACCUUCCACACCAUCGGCUUCUGCCCCUACGGGCCCCGGUGUCACUUCAUCCACAACGCCGACGAGCGUCGACCGGCGCCCAACGCCAACGUGCAGGCGGGAGAGGCGCGCUCCGCCCGGGAGAUGUGCGGCUACAACCACAGGGACAUCCUCCCCGCGCAGUGCUACAGCCAGAAGGAGAGACCCAAACUGCACCACAGUCUCAGCUUCUCCGGCUUCUCCAGCCAGCACGACCUGGAGACGCCGCUGCUCGACAGUCCCACGUCGCGGACGCCGCCGCCGCCCCCCUCCAGCUUUUACGACUCGGUCUCCUGCCUCAACAGCGCCUUCUCCUUCCCGGGACAAGACUUAAAAUCCUUGCUGGCAGUUCACACCUCCGGCAGCUACUCGAACAACCACUCGGCCGGCGCCCACUUUAAGAGCAUGCAGAGCGGCCUGUGUCCUCCCUCCCCCCCGGCCUUCAAUAUGAGCCACUUGCAGGCGCUGCGACGCCUCAGUGAGUCCCCGGUGUUUGAGCCUCCUCCCAGCCCGCCUGACUCCCUCUCUGACCGGGACAGCUACGCCAGCGGGUCCCUCAGCUCUUCGGGGAGCCUCAGCGGCUCUGAGUCCCCCAGUCUGGACGCUGGGAGACGUUUGCCAAUCUUCAGCAGGCUGUCGAUUUCUGAUGACUAAGCGUGUCAUCCAUUUCUGAUGACUAAGUGUGCUAUAAAUAUAUAUGUAUGUAUGUAUAUUCAUAUAUAUAUACGUGUUUGUGUAUAUAUAUAUAUAUAUAUUCAUACACAUUUUAUAUAUAUUUAAAAAAUAUAUAUUAAUGGGUGGGUGAGUAUUCCCGCUCUCCCAAGCCAGCUUCCACCGUGCUGAAGUGCCUUUGAGCAGCUGACGUGACCUCCCUGGUGGGGGGCACAGUGGGGAAAGUUCCACCCCCAGGGAUCAAUGAGUAUCCUUGUUGUUGUUGUUUAUUUUCUCUUUUUAUGUAAUAUAGCUGUAUUCAAACUUUAGAUAGCAAACAGAAGGCAUUCCAUCAGUGCCUUGCCCAAAGGUUCAUGCCAGCCCCCUUUUUUUGGGAUUAGACGCGUGAACCUGACUUGACAAGAUGAACAGACUAUAAGCGAGGCGAUUUCCUCCCAUCCUGCCAAGAAUAUGCCUAGACUCAAAGUAACACCUUUUUUUUGUUGUUGUUUAAAGUGCAUUUUUCUUUUCUUGCUUCAACUUCCAUUCCAUACCUGUCUUUUCACAGCAGCGCCACCCAGUGGUUUGUUUGGUUAGUGUAGUUGGUUGCUUGGUUGAAAAGCACUCUUGAGUUGGGUUCAUGUUGGGGAAAUCGCUGAUGAUGGUUAAAAUAUAUAUUUUUGUAGCUGUUUUUGAGUGAUUUGCAUAGCGGUGCAUAACUGGCUAUGGACUAUUUAACUUAUUUAUUAUCUUGUGAAACAAGUAUAGGCUACAUUGGUAAUUUGUGUCCAUACUGUAUUUAUCAAGUAUGAUGAAGCAAUAGAUCUAUAUUCUUUUAUGUUUAAAUUAUGAUCGCCAUUAUUAAUCUGCAUAAAGUGGAGUGUAUGUUCUUUUCACAGUAAUAUAUAUUGUUUCUCCUUUUUUUGUAACUUCACCUGGUUAUUGUAAAUGAGUUAAAAAAAAUCUUAAUUUAAGAGAACGUAUGUAUUUAUUUCAUUAAUGUUCUUUGUUUACGUUUAUUAAAGUUUGCGUAAUUGCUGUUCGCUUCUGAGCUUGUGUGUCAAUGCCGUAGAAGGCUUUUUUUUAUUCUUUCCCUAUUUAGAUGAUUCUUUAGAAUGUAAACAAUGUGGUUGUACAGACCGUCCAAACCUUUAGUUUUUUAUCGAGAUCAGUGACAAAGAAUCCAAGUCAAUAAAAUAACCAAAAAGUAUUUUUCUUUGAUUUUCUCUGCACGAGGUCACACUGUGAUUCCCGCCACGUGCUCAAGAAUGUAGCAAUCCCAUGUGCCCCAGUAUUAUUGUGUAGUGCCUAUGGGGCUCACCAACAUGCCUUUAAAAUUAACCAAAUAAAGUAUUUUUCUUACUUGGCAUCUUUUAUACGCAGGUUGAAAUGAAUGUAGUGUCAGAUUCUAUUUUUCUAAAGGUUGUUACCACUCUGAAAACAACAGCCGUAACCUUUCUUAGUCCCCAUUCCUCUUCUUUUGAUUGUUUUCUUUCUGCUUUUCGGUCUUUUUGAUAUCAAAAUGUAGUUUGAGUGUUGAGUUUGCUGCAGAGGGAAGUGGUUGAACAUGUCUGGUUUGUACAUAGUAGGUACAGGGGUAUGCGCACUAUGUACUUUUGACUACUCUAUCAGAAGUAAAGCUUUUUGAAUGUAACAAUGGACAAAAAGACAACAGGAGUUGUUUUUGGGGGAGUCAGUUCACUACAAAUUGAGUGUGAGACUGUUAACUUUGUACUGUACAUUUUUUUUGUAGUUCUCCCAAUAAAAAAACAUUUUGGAAAAAA